UUCAUACCGCCAUGGCUGAUUAUUCAAAUCACAACCGUGGUCAGGAGGACGACGAGGAUGAAGAAGACAUUGACGAGACGGUACUAAACUCAAUUCUCGCGGCUGUAAACAGACAGCUACUGAUGGUCAUAGNNGGCUACAAAACCAUCAAAGAUGCUGUCCUCUUUGCCAUUGACGUUAGCUCCACUAUGCUCACCAAGCCUCCUCAGCUGGACUCGAAGAAGGCUGAUCGCGAUACUCCUACAAUUGCUGCCCUGAAAUGUGCCUAUUCUCUCAUGCAGCAACGCAUCAUCUCCAAUCCUAACGACAUGAUGGGAAUUCUUCUCUUUGGCACCGAAAAGUCUCGUUUCCAAGAUGAAACUGCUUCCUCCAAGGGCCUCUCGUAUCCACACUGCUAUCUCCUGACAGACUUGGACGUUCCUGGAGCCAGAGAUAUCAAACGCCUACGUGAUCUUGUCAACGAUGAGGAGCAGGCCAAUGAACUUCUCCAGCCUUCGACUGAGUCUGUGUCCAUGGCCAAUGUCUUGUUUUGCGCAAAUCAGAUCUUCACCACCAAAGCUCCCAACUUCUCGUCGAGACGCUUGUUCCUGGUCACUGACAACGAUGCCCCUCACAACGACGACAAAGCCUUGAGGUCUGCCGCUGCUGUCAGAGCAAAGGACCUAUACGAUUUGGGCGUCGUCAUCGAGCUGUUCCCCAUCUCCAGUCCGGAACAUGUCUUUGACCGCUCCGUCUUCUACAAUCUCACACGAGACAGGNACAUCAUCUACAGCGCCAUCCCGUCAGACCCAGAUGCUCCUGCACCUGUAACUAAAGCUUCCAGAGCUUCUGCCAGCGGUGACGGCCUCACCCUACUACAAUCUCUCUUGUCAAACAUAAACUCAAGAUCCACCCCUCGACGUGCCUUGUUCUCAAACAUGCCCUUUGAGAUCGGCCCUGGUCUGAAGAUCUCAAUCAAAGGUUACAUAAUCAUCAAACGCCAGGAGCCUGCCAGAAGCAGCUAUGUUUACAUGGGUGGAGAAAGACCUCAGCUCGCUGUCGGCUCUUCCACCCUCCAGGCAGAGGACACGGCAAGAUCGGUCGAGAAAGUUGAGAUCCGAAAGGCAUACAAGUUUGGAGGCGAGACCGUGUCUUUCACACCGGAGGAGAUCUCGGAGAUCAAACACUUCGGCGAUCCCAUCCUUCGCAUCAUCGGCUUCAAGCCCCUGACUAUGCUACCUAUCUGGGCAAACCAUCGCCCAUCUACUUUCAUAUACCCAUCAGAGGAAGACAUUAUCGGCAGCACAAGGGUCUUCUCUGCUCUACAGCAGAAGCUUCUCAAAGACCAGAAGAUUGGCCUUGCUUGGUACAUUCCUCGCCGUAACGCAACACCCACACUUGCCGCUGUCAUCCCAGGAGCCGAGAGGCUAGAUGAGGACGGGUUGCAGGUCAUGCCGCCAGGUCUGUGGAUUCACGUGCUUCCAUUCGCAGACGACGUCCGCCAGAUACCCGACACAACAGUGGUCCAGGCACCUGAUGGACUGGUCGACAAGAUGAGGAGUGUGAUCCAGCAGCUGCAGUUACCAAAGGCCGUGUAUGGUCCUAAGAAAUACCCCAACCCAUCUCUGCAAUGGUUCUACCGGAUAUUGCAAGCUCUGGCUCUAGAAGAAGACUUGCCGGAAAAGCCUGAGGACAAAACAUUGCCGCGUUACCGCCAGAUUGACAAACGUGCAGGUCAGUAUGUCAUCGAGUGGGGUUCCGAGCUUGAAGAACAAUACGAGGUUUGGAAANGAGCCAACGCCGGUCGCCACACUGCUACAGGUGCGACUAAGCGUGGCUCAGCAGCGGCCGGUGAGAGCAGUAAGAGAUCCAAAACGACUGCGGCCUCCAAGUCGAACGAUGGCAUUAGCGACGAAGAUAUGCGCAAGGCCUUCGAAACGAACAAGAUCAACAAAUUCACCGUUGCGGAUCUCAAAGCUUGGUGCAAAGAGAAGGGCAUCAAGCUACCAACGGCCGCAAAGAAGGGCGAUGUUGUCGAUGAAGUGACAAGCCAUUUCGAAAACAAGAUGGCUCUA